UGUUGUAGUUGUUUUCUUCUUCUUGCACUUUUUAGUACUACAAUUUUUGUUUAUUUGCAGCUAAUCUUUUGAGGAAAAUUAAUUUAAUAAUAACAGGAAAAUUUUCUAACAAUUUUUUUUAAAAUUUCAAGAGGCUGACAAAGCUCUUGCUUUGAAAAAUGAGUUUUCCUUUAACAAAUCCUAACAAGGAGUCGGCUAGAGCAGCUUGUAAAAAAUGUGGUUAUGCCGGGCAUCUAACAUUUCAAUGUAGAAACUUUCUCAAGGUGGAUCCCAAUAAGGAAAUUUUAUUGGAUGUAGAAAGCACUAGUUCAGAUUCGGAACUAGACUACUUGACCCCUUUGACUGAACUGCGCAUGAAGGAGUUGAAGGAAAAGGAAGCAGAACUACUCAGCAAACACAAAAAGUCUUCUUCAAAGUCUUCGAAGAAGAAAAAAUCGAAAAAGAAGAAAACCAAACACAAGAAAAGCCACAAAAAACAUGGCAAAAACAAAAAACAUAAGAAACGUUCAUCAACCGAAUCCUCCUCCUCAUCAUCCUCAUCCCUAAGCUCGUCUUCCUCCACCGAUGAAACCACCGAAUCGGACUCUAGCGAUAAUGAAGAGUCUUCCACUAGUGAAUCUGAUGAAACGGGACGCAAGGUACGCAAGAAGGGUAAAUACAAGCGUAAGGCCUCCGAGACACCAGUAAUGAGACGCAAGAAAUCUAAAGUAAAGCGUAAACGUUACAAGACCACAGAUACCACCUCCGAUUCAGAAGAAGAAUCUUCAUCGGACUGAUUAAAAAGACAGACAUGGAAUAGCAAAUAUUGUUUACGUUUCUUUAGAAUAUAAAGUUGUGCGCCAAAUUUUGAAAUGUUGUCAAAUAUUUUAUAUCAGGUAAAGCAAGUUUCUUUCUUUGCAAGUGAUGGCAAAAAACAACUUUAAUUUUAAGUUAGUUCUAAUUAAAUAAAACAAUUGUCUACUUAAAAAACACAAAUGAAAGUUUUCAUUUCCUUUGUGUUUUUUUAAACGUCCUCCAAAGUAGUAAAAUCCUAAAAUACAGUUUCCGAAUUUAAUUACACCCACCAAAUUGACCAUAAACAAAUGUUUUGUAAACCGUUUUUCUCUAGAUGUCUAGAUGACCUCAAAACAAAAUUGUGUUCCUUAAUAUAAAACUUAAAAUCAACCCCUCAACAAACAAGAAAUUAGUAUAACAUAAUAAAUAGUAUAACCGAAUAGUUUAAAGCAUUUUUAUAACAGUAUGAUAAUAAAUAUUAAAGAAAACAACUCCA